AUGUCGUUUCCAAAGACAUUACAAAUCCCCAGUAAGUCAUCGACAUUGAUUCCUAAAACCACCAGAACUUCUUCAUCCUCAAAAUUACCAACAACUGCAGUUUCCUAUGAGAAUGCAAGUCUGGAGAUUCAAUCUAUCCGAGGGUCACCAUAUAUUGCUGCAACCCCAGCACCAUCACAAGCCCCAGAGACGUCCAGUAUAAUAUCAGAAAUAGGAUUAUCGGAAUAUGUUGAUGAUUUGAAUAGUAUCCCCCAGAUAAGAUUUGAUAAUGAUAGUAGCACAAGCAAUAAUGGCAAUGCCCCGCGAUUGAACAAACCUACUUUGGGUGCGUUUAUGUAUCAUGAGUUUUUUGAACUUGGUGAUGCCAAUUUGUCCAAUGAUCAAUUCUAUGAUAAGUAUAUUUCAGUUUCUAAAUCAAAUGAUGACACUGAAUUCCAUGAUAAACUAAAACAUUUUUUCAUCUUUUCCAGUGCAGGCAAACCGAUCUAUUCUUUGAACGGAUCAGACGAUUUGAUUAUUGGUUAUAUGGGGAUAUUGACAACUAUAAUAUCAAGCUUCCAAGAGAAUUUCAAUCAGGACUUACAGGUAAUUGAGUUUGGAAGAGGAAUGAAAAUUGUUGCUGUUAAGAAGGAUCCAAUUAUUUUAAUUGCCAUAUCAAAGAUAUACUAUGAGAAUAUUUCGAGUAUGAAAUUGCAAUUGAACACAUUGUAUUUCUAUUUGCUCAGUAUAUUAUCUAAAACAUCCAUUGAUAAACAUUUCAACAAUCGCUUGAAUUAUGACUUGAGAAGAAUUUUGAACCCAUUGGAUUUUGAAAACUUAGAUCAAUUGUGUAUGAAUUUGACUUAUGGAGUGGGAAAAGAUAAGAAGAUUGAUAGAAAUGCAGCGUUUGAGUUGUAUAUUAGUCAGAUACUACUAUCGUCAGCUAGACAGAGUAUUAAAAUUAGACACACUUUGAGAUCAAAAUUGAAUUCAAUUCUUCAUAUCAAGAAUGAGGAGAUUAUAUUUACAUUAUUAAUGUCCCGACAAGAUAAAAUUUUAAACUACUUGCAUCCAAAGCAACACAAUUUACCAAAUGAAGAUUUAAAUGUGUUGUUAUUUAUAGUUAAUUCAUUGUCCAAAGAUCAAAAUCGACAAAAUGAAGAUUUCUGGAUGCCAAUAUGUAUGUCGAAUUUCAAUAAUCAUGGGUUUCUUUAUAUAUUUGUCAGGCGUGUCAAUGAUCUAACUUUGAUGUUGAUCAGUGGGAAUAAAAACUCUUUUGAAUCAUUGAAAAUCACUGCUGAUGAGAUUUUUGACAAGUUGGAGACCAAACCGGAGUUGACUCAGAAACUUAGAAAUGAACUAAAUAUGCCAUUAAAUAUUGAGGCUCCAUUAAUAUUUAAACAUUUCAUUUACAAAGAUGUUACGUUAAAUCAAUUUGUCAUGAGUGAACUACCAUCUGAUGAAAACUGCAAUCUUCAGUACAUCAAAAUCUACAACGAAUUGAAACACAACCAGGCCAAAAUCAUCAAAUUUGAUGAUGGUGUGAAUUACAAGAAAUUGACAUAUCUUCAACAGAAGAAUGUGACUGGGUUUAUGUUGUUGGAUAUGCAUUAUGAAUUUUAUUGCAUUAUAGAGAAUACAGAAGAAGGAGGAAAAUCGGUUCCAUCGAAAAAGAUUAUCGAAAUAAGUUUACAAAUAAUUAAAUGGUGCAAAAAAAAUCAUGCUAGAUUAUUUGUGACUAUUUAG